ACUGAGAGAGAGAGAGAGAGAGAGAGAGAGAGAGAAAUUCUCAAUUAUACAAUGGCAGGCUGCGAAAUGGUGGAACUUCACAGAAAUUCCAGCAAUUGGACGAAAAUUGUGGAAGAAAUUGUGAGGAUAGAGAAAAAGGUGUUCCCGAAGCACGAAUCGCUUUCGAAAUCGUUCGAAGAAGAGGCGAAAAAGAGGAACGGCGGAUUGAUCUACUCCCUGAUCGGCGGCGAAGUUGCCGGAUACGUCAUGUAUUCCUGGCCAUCUUCGCUCUACGCUUCCAUCACAAAACUUGCAGUAAAAGAGAACUGCAGGGGGCAGGGUCAUGGGGAAGCAUUGCUGAAAGCAGCUAUAGAGAAAUGUAAAACUAGAAAAAUCCACCGCGUGUCACUUCAUGUAGAUCCCUUGAGGACUGCUGCCAUGAAUCUGUACAAGAAGCUCGGUUUUGAGGUGGAUAGUCUAGUAGAAAGCUACUACUCUUCGGGUAGGGAUGCCUACAGAAUGUAUUUGGAUCUUGAGACGGAUUAGCUGGAGUGGUUUUGUUCAAGAGCGAUCAAUCUUCAUUUUGAUGAAGAAAUUCAGAUGGGUUCGGGGCCGCAGAAUUCACUGGAACUUACAAGUUCGUCUGGCAAAUCCGGAGAUUUUUUUCAGAAUUAGCGCGUUUUUUGAAGGGAAUUUGAGCCACUGAGAUAGCAGCAGAGAAUAGAAUGUACUGUGGAAGAAUAUGUGAAAGAAUUUGAUGUUCUACUCAUAUUGAAUGUAGUACAUGUUAAUUUUAAUUGAACUGAUAUGCUUGUAAUAUGAAUCAUAUGAUGUAUUUUAUACCAAAUUAAAGAUCACGAUAAGAACUUUAAUUUGAUAUAUUUUAUAUAAAUAUUCAAUUUAAAAUGUAAAA